AUGGAAUAUUAUUCGGCGAACGAGUACGAUUGUUCAAGCGAAGACGAAGAUGUGUCAACGUUAGAUCUAUCAUAUUCCGGAUUCGAUUCCGAACAGAUGAGGAAAAAACUCGACGAGUUGAGGGAAAGCGGAAAUGACGUCACGACCGUUCUCCUCUACCAGAAUUCGAUGGACGCCGUUCCCGGAGUCAUAGGUCGUUUCGGACGACUCAAAUAUUUGGACAUAAGUUCGAACGGACUCUCGCGACUUCCGCCGGAAAUCGGUUUGUGCCCUCUCACGACUCUCAUUGCGAAAAACAAUCGGCUCUCGGACAAAAGUCUUCCGCCGGUUUUCACGGAUUUGACGGAUUUGAAAGAAUUGAAUUUGAGCGGAAACGAUUUCGCGAAUUUCCCACCGGAAAUAUUGAAUUUGAAAAGCAUACGGUAUUUGUACAUGGGCGGAAACAAUUUAUCAAAGAUACCGAAGGAAAUAAGCAAAUUGCAAAGUUUGCAAGUUUUAUCGUUGGGCGGAAACAAAUUGACGGACGUUCCCUCAACACUUGGACAAUUGAAAAAAUUAACGGCUCUCAUAUUGAGCGACAAUCAGCUGGAAUCGCUCCCGAGGGAAAUUGCCAAAUUGACGGAAUUGAAAUCUUUGCUUUUGCACAAGAACAAAUUGAAAACGUUACCGACGGAAAUUGUUUCGUUGAAAUGCAUGACGGAGUUGAGUCUGAGGGAUAAUCCUCUCGUCGUUCGUUUCGUUUCCGACAUGACGUACGCGGUUCCAUCUUUGUUAGAAUUGGCGGCGAGAUCGAUAAAACUUCACUCGGUUAAAUUCAGUCCGAAGGAUUUGCCCAAACGUUUGUUGGAAUAUUUGAACAACGCUCGACAUUGCAUUAAUCCGAAAUGCAAGGGCGUGUUCUUCGAUAGCAGAGUCGAACAUGUUAAAUUCGUUGAUUUUUGCGGUAAAUAUAGAGUUCCUCUCCUUCAGUAUCUUUGCAGUUCGAGUUGCAUCGACGAUAAGAAUGAAAUCGAAGUCGAUUCUGAUCUCAUCAGGAAAGUUUUGCUGGGUUGA